CAUACAAGUACAGGUGACACUUUACCUUACGACGGGGCCCACUCUCCACUCUCCACUCACCUCUUCGCACCGCACUCGUGGGUCAUGGGAUUCAAUCAACUUCGAUGAGCAACAGUUUGUUGCAAUUUAAGUUACUCUUUGCCACCUGUCCAGCUCCAUUCCGCCACGCCCCAUGUGGCCGGCACAGGCACGAGGCUGCACACACACGAUGGGGCUUGCUGCCGAGGACUUCGUGGCGCCCGCCUGCGCAUCGCGCGUAUAAAAGGACCACUCCGGCCGGAGGAUUCAUCAGUUGGCCCAGCGAAGCGGCGCGCGUCUCUCAAUUCGAGGACCAAGGGACCCCCUCCAACAGUGUUCUUAAGUUCCAAAGUGUCCGGAAGACAAAUAAGAAUGUGUGACAAUUGAAAUUGUGGCUAUUGAAAUUUCUAUUAAAAUUCUUUGACGAAAUUAAUGGCCAGCAGAGGCAUUGAAGCCUCCUCCAGUCCGCCGGAACCGUGCAGCAUGUGAGAGGCCGAGUGGCGAAAUGCCAUUUUCACGACCACAGCGCUAAACGGGCCGGAAAAGAGAGAGGAAACUGCGAGGAAGCAGCCCAUCCAGAGAGCAGCAGAGGACCGAGGACGAGACCUUGGCAACUCCCACCCCUGUUUCGCCCCUGGCCCCUGAGCUGACUGAGGAGCGAUUCCGGCUGGCUACGCUAGUGCCGCGAUCGGCGUACACGGCCACGCCUCCCGCCCAGGCCCAGGCCAAGGCACAGGCAGAGGCAGAGGGACAAGCAGCAGCCGAUCCCUGCCCCAGAACGAUGGAACGAAGCGCGAGUGUCAAUAACAGCUCCGAGUUCGGCGGCGGCCACAGCUCAGCCUCGACGGCGGGCAGAUCCACGGCCACGCCCUGGACGAACAACAAGGAGUCACCGAACAACGAGGAUGACUCGAACGAGGACGAUGGCGACACACUUGCCACACCCGCCAAGGUCACCGAUCCGCUGGCACCGCGUCUGGCGAACAAUGAGCGUGUGCUGGUUGUGUCCGUGACGGAGCGUACCCGCGAGACUUGGGGCCAGAAGGCCGAGUUCCUGCUGGCCGUCAUCGGUUUUGCCGUCGAUCUGGGCAACGUGUGGCGUUUCCCCUAUAUCUGCUACCAGAACGGCGGCGGUGCCUUCCUAGUGCCCUACUGCCUCUUCCUCAUCUUCGGCGGCCUGCCGCUGUUCUACAUGGAAUUGGCCCUCGGACAAUUUCAUCGAUGCGGCUGCCUAAGCAUCUGGAAGCGCAUCUGUCCGGCCCUAAAAGGUGUUGGCUAUGCGAUUUGUUUAAUCGACAUCUAUAUGGGGAUGUACUACAACACAAUUAUUGGAUGGGCGGUCUACUAUCUGUUUGCCUCAUUCACCUCGAAGCUGCCGUGGACGUCGUGCGACAAUCCCUGGAACACGGACAACUGUAUGCCCGUGACCAGCGAGAACUUCACCGAAUUGGCCACCUCGCCAGCCAAAGAGUUUUUCGAGCGCCGAGUCCUGGAGAGCUACAAGGGCAACGGUCUGGACUACAUGGGACCCGUGAAGCCCACCCUGGCUCUGUGUGUCUUCGGGGUCUUUGUGCUGGUGUACUUCUCGCUGUGGAAGGGUGUGCGGAGUGCCGGAAAGGUGGUUUGGGUGACGGCCUUGGCCCCGUAUGUGGUGCUGAUCAUCCUCCUGGUGCGCGGAGUCUCACUGCCUGGCGCCGAUGAGGGCAUCAAGUACUACCUGACGCCCGAGUGGCACAAGCUGAAGAACUCCAAGGUCUGGAUAGAUGCCGCCUCGCAGAUCUUCUUCUCUCUGGGCCCCGGCUUCGGCACACUCCUCGCCCUCUCCAGCUACAACAAAUUCAACAACAACUGCUAUCGAGAUGCCCUCAUAACGAGCACCAUUAACUGCCUGACCAGCUUCCUGGCCGGAUUCGUCAUCUUCUCGGUCUUGGGAUACAUGGCCUAUGUGCAAAAGACAUCGAUUGAUAAGGUGGGGCUGGAGGGGCCUGGGCUGGUGUUCAUCGUCUACCCCGAGGCCAUAGCCACGAUGAGCGGCUCUGUGUUCUGGAGCAUCAUAUUCUUCCUGAUGCUCAUCACCCUGGGCUUGGACAGCACCUUUGGGGGCCUGGAGGCCAUGAUAACGGCGCUGUGCGACGAGUAUCCCCGUGCGAUUGGCAGGCGUCGAGAGCUGUUUGUCCUGCUGCUGCUCGUCUUCAUCUUCCUGUGCGCCCUGCCCACAAUGACUUAUGGUGGCGUUGUCCUGGUCAAUUUCCUGAAUGUCUACGGGCCCGGCCUGGCCAUCCUCUUUGUGGUGUUCGUGGAGGCUGCCGGAGUGUUCUGGUUCUACGGCGUGGACCGCUUUAGCUCCGAUGUGGAGCAGAUGCUGGGCUCCAAGCCGGGACUGUUCUGGCGCAUCUGCUGGACCUACAUCAGUCCGGUGUUCCUGCUGACAAUAUUCAUAUUCUCGAUCCUGGGCUACAAGGAGAUGCUGGGCGAGGAGUACUACUAUCCGGACUGGAGCUACAAGGUGGGCUGGGCUGUGACCUGCUCCUCCGUGCUGUGCAUACCCAUGUACAUCAUCUACAAGUUCUGCUUUGCGACCAAGGGUGAUUGCCGGCAGCGGCUGAAGGAUUCCUUCCAGCCGGACGACAGCAGUGGCUCGGUGGUCCCCGGCCAGCAGGGCACCUCGGUGUGACAUGACAACGUCGUGCACUUGAACAUCCACACCAACAGGACCAAGAUCAAGAUAUAUAAUUUGAAUUGUAAAAGCUUUUCACCAACAACGACAGUACCAGUACCCCUCGAAGAGAGCAGCAGCAAUAGGCUGCUGAAUAGCUACCACUCCUACCACACAAAUAAUCUUAGCUACCACUAUCCAGAUCCAGACGCAGAUCCCACAAAGCACACCCACACCCCGAAUGGGGUGGAUCAGAAUUGGAUCGACAAUGAUAUUAUUACGUAUGGCGCUAGUGCUAGUGCUAGUGUUAGGCCCUCGCAUUCGCAUAGCCAUAAUAGUUUAGGUCUCCAUAGCAGGACCCCCUUUGCUGCCACUGCUGGCGAGGACAAUAACUACGGCCUGAGGCUCGGCAGCUGCAAGCCGCUGAAGUUUCCUCUGGCCAGCGAGUGGCUGGUUUGAAGGAGCAUCCGCGACGAUAGCAUCCACGAAAGCUCUGCAAGCAGCCAUUUUGCAGGGCUUUCCCGAGGUGCACGGUGUGCGUGUCCUCCACUUGGUACCAAAUUACAGGACAGUUGUACUCUUUCACGUUUAGUUUGUAAGCGUUAAGCGUAGCUCAGCUCGUAAGUAAAGCGACAUUUGGUAAAAUGCUUUCAUAGAAAAAUAGUAGAGACAUAAAAUACAUUCUCGAAACACCCUGUACAAUGCCUGCACUUACACAAAACAUUUCCCUCUGUUUUCGGUUAGAGGAACAAUCGUAACACAGCCAUUUACAUUGUUUUUCUAACGCGUGUUCGUUGAUACUAAAAUUAAAUAAUAAAUAUUCCAUACAUAUUAUUUCGGUUAUACGAAAUAA